AUGCUCAAAUCAACAUACACAGCUCCACCUCCGUUGCCACCGGGGUGGACAGAGCAUCGAGCGCCUUCAGGUCAUUUAUACUAUUAUAAUGCUGCUACAAAGCAAUCAACAUAUACUCGACCACAGGGACAGUCGUCUCAACCCGUACCAACCGCUCCGGAACCUACACAGACACUCCCCGACUACGCGCCCGAAACACUACCACCUUUUUCCUCUACGCCCUAUGGACCGACAGGCUACGCACCUGGCGCGGGGCUAUUCAGUCAACAGCAACAUGGACAGGGUCGUGGUGCCUUCCGCGGAGGAACAAGCUACCAUGAUCGAGAGCGACGAGGGCCCCAAGACCGACCAAAGUCGAAGCACUCCAUACCGGAUUGCGCGCCAUGGGUCCUAGUGAAGACCAAGCUUGGAAGACGAUUUGUCCACAACCCCGAAACGAAUGAGAGCUUCUGGAAGUUUCCGCAAGAGGUUUUGAAGGGCGUGACCGAGUAUGACCGCCUUGAGCGCGAAAAGAAAGAACGAAAAGAACGAGGCGAAGAAGUCGAGGAGCCAAUCAAGAAUGUCGUAGCUGCUCAGCCGGUGUCGACAUCACCCCAGGAAAAUACUGCUCAGAAGGAACCAACCGCUGGCCCAGGAGGCGCCGAAGACAGCGACGAAUACGAAGAAGUGGAAGUAACGGACAGCGAGGGAGAGGAUGAAGGAGGCCAACCAUCUAAGCGUACUCGUACCGAAAGUCCAGAUGCGCAGGACAAACCGGUCGAGUUCACAGAGGAAGAUAUGGAAUACCAACUCGCUGCAAUGGGCGAAGAUUAUGGCCUGGACCCGGGUGAAUAUGGUGAGCCUGGAGAAGAAGACUGGGAAGAGGGUGCGGAAGGGCUCCAGUUAACCGACGCUGAUGCCGAAGCACUCUUCCGCGACUUGCUGGACGACUUCAAUAUUAAUCCCUUCACGACAUGGGAGACCGUUAUCGAAGAAGGCCGCAUCUUCGAGGACACCAGGUACACGGCGCCUUCGAACAUGAAGCACCGAAAGGAAAUCUUCUCAAAUUGGAGCCGAGAUCGCAUCAAGGAUGUUCAAGAGCGCAAGGCGAAACAGGAAAAGCAAGACCCCCGCAUCAAAUACCUGGCUUUCCUCCAGGAGUACGCAACACCCAAACUAUAUUGGCCCGAGUUCAAACGCAAAUACCGAAAAGAAGCAGAGAUGAAAGACACGAAACUUUCAGACAAGGAUCGCGAAAAGUUCUACCGUGACUAUAUUUCGAAGCUCAAGCUCCCUGAAAGUACUCGCAAGUCGGAUCUUUCAACCCUGCUCAAAUCAGUUCCUUUGCAUUCCUUGAACCGUUCUUCGAAUAUAGAGGCCCUUCCGGUCCAGAUCAUCACAGAUAUCCGAUCCAUUACACUCCCAGCCAAGAUUCGUUACCCGUUAAUCGAGGCGUACAUAUCUACAUUGCCCCCGCCGCCGGAGGAGCAGUUGACUGCGGAACAACAUCAAGAGAUCGACAGGAAGCGGAGGGAGAGGGAGAAGCGCGAAAAAGCCCUUGAGGAACGAGAGAAACGCGUGGAGGAAGAGAAGCGGAGGCAGCGAGGUGAUGUGAUUCGUGGCAAACACCUUCUUAAAGAAGGCGAGGCCGAGAUUGCAGAAGCUAUGAAGGUUCGCAAAGAUGGAUUGCGGAGCUACAUGGACGUUGAUGAGACACCCGCUGGCGAGCAAGAAAAUCCUGGCAAAUAA